AUGGGUUCGGACAACGGAGACUCUUUUGAGCAAUUUGCUAUUCUCACACCUCGAUUUAUUAUUGUUCCCACCACCACAGCAGUCUCUUUCAAAUCAUACCGGGCCCUUUAUUCCGAGCUACAUGCAAAUGUGGAUUUCUGUCAAAUGGGUUUCGGGCAUCACUUUCCAGCGAGGACAUGGAGCGACGAUGAAACGCGCGAUUGGAUGCAGACGCGUGAUAUCAGACGUUGUUGGCAAAAGCGCGGUUUAGGUGAUUUUGCUGUGGGGUUGCGCGGACCAUCCACAUUCGAGUCCAACAAUAACUCCACGCACGAUGGUAAUUUCACCAUGCUCAAAGGCGAUGAUUAUGUUCGGGUUGCAGGCGUCAAUAAUAUCCAUCUCGCUGCCUCCGAAUGGGUGGGCUAUGCAGGCCUCCGUGAUGCCACCACAACCUCAAUGCCGCCACGAGAGCCUGGUGAUCCUGCGCUGCCAUCAUGGCUUGAAAUGAUUGAGCUGCGCUACGGUGUUUCGCCAAAAUUCUGGGGCCAGGGAAUUGUACAGGAAGCAUCGCAAGCCGUUAUGCAAUGGUCUGUCGAUGAGAGAGGGGUCAAACGGUUCAUUGCCGAGACGGAAAGAGAUAACAGUAGGAGUGCAAAGGUGUUGCAAAAGCUUGGUUUUACACUGAGUGAUACGAACUACUGGAAAGAACCGAGUGAACUGGAAUGGGAGCGUGCUGCCAAAUGA